AAAUAUGGUGAAAUGGGGGUAAAUAAAAUUCGGUUUACUGAAGAGGGGUAUCCACUAUUUCCAAAUCUCUCUUCUCAACAAUUACACGAAAUUUUUGUAAAAAAUUCAACUAACACCAGACAGUGCCCAUGUCUAGAAUAG